AUGGCCGCGUGCCCCGGGGCCGUCAUGCACACGUCCCCGGCGUCAAGUCCGCGCCGCUACAAGCGGUACCUCACAGAAGAGACUCUCGAGCGCAACCGGGAGCGGUCGAAAAAGUACUAUGCGCAAAACCGCGCCAAAGUGCUUGCAAAAUUAAAGUCGAAUUAUGCCAAGAAGCGCGAGGCCGAGACCGCUGCGUACUGCGAGAAGCACCGCGGGUUCUUCCUCAGCUACUUUCAAGUCGACCCGUUGGCGCCGACAAACAAGGACACGGAACCCCCGUCGUCACCACCCCACCCCACCACCACCCUCAAUGCGCUCGACCUGGCCUACAUUUUGAACUAG